CAUUGGCAACUGAGCACUCGUUCUUGUCUUUACAAAUAUUUGGAUCGAGCUGGAAAUGGGGUCAGGGUGAUAGAUCAUUCAUUGCAAGGGUUGUCGGUGGGGGUUUAAGACGAAGAAGAAUAAGAAGUAAAAGAAGAGCAAGGGAAUUGGAGGAUAUGUCUCCGUCGAAUGGUAAUGGUAAUGGCAGUGGAGGAGGAAAUGGGGCGAACUAUAUAGAGCACCAAGUAUCCAAAUUGGACACCCUCGCCGGUGUAGCCAUCAAGUACGGUGUUGAGGUAGCUGACAUUAAAAGGAUUAAUGGCCUGGCCACAGAUUUUCAAAUGUUUGCUUUGAAGACAUUGCAAAUACCAUUACCAGGAAGACAUCCACCAUCUCCCCUUGUGUCAAAUGGGUCUACUUCUCCAGGAGAACACAGCUCCAGAAAAGCACCCCCGUGCCUGGGACAAUCUAACAUGCUGGGAUCAUUACAGUCCUUAAGAGUGAAAGCACCUCAAAAGAGGGUGUCUCCAGCCAUGAGCACAUUACAGAAUUACUAUAAUCUGAAAUCUCCAUAUUUCAAGGGUGCAGCUGAAGGAACAGAGAUGGCAGUCUACAAAACCGAAAGAAACUCAGAUAAUGGUUACUUGCCUGAGAAUGGUGUGGUGACUGAGCAUGUGCCUUGUGCUGACCCUGGAGAUGGGGACGGUGAGAAAUCUGAUGAAAAGUAUGUCCGAAGGCGUUCAAAACCUGAGGUUGAUACCAGAGCUGGAACACCAGAAAGGUUGUUGAAUGGAGAAAACAGUGGUGGGAGCAGCGGCUUCUCAGUUUCUACGGGUAAAGGUUUAGCAAUGAGGCCCAAAUCAGCAAGCCGAACAACAUUAGUUGAUUCAGAGUCAGGAUGGUUGAAUUCUAUUCCAGUGGUGCUGGGAGAUUCCCUUAUAGCUGAUGGGCUAGCUGCAGUACGUAAAUCAUCAAGCACAUCAAGCCUGAAAGACCAGGAAACUAACACCUCAACCUCUGCUUGGCCAACUUCUAAGUGGAGCUUAAAAACAGACUUGCAAGCUCUAUCAGCUGCAGCCAUCACCAGGCCAAUUUUUGACGGCUUACCAAAACCAAUAUGUGGCCGCAGGAAUAAGGCUGCCCUUGAUUAGCAUCAAGCAUUUGCAGUAUGUGCAUUUGUGGAACCGGUUUGUUUCUUUACUUCAAUUUAAUGCACGGAAAUUUCUGAGUCAGAAAUACAGAUACAUCAUAUAGCUGCUUGGAAAGGAAGAAAAUGUUCAAGAAAGGAAAAGGAAGGCAGGUAAAUAUAUAAUACGGUACUUAGAAAUCUAUUCAUUUAUUGGUGAUUAGCCAUUGGUCUUUGAGAAUGACAUUGAUGGUCUGAAGCAAUAAAUAGCAGUAUUAGGGAAGUGUUAGUCAAAUUAAUUCACUUCGUUUCUUAAAGUGCACCUCAACACAAUUGUAUCAUUGAAUGCAUAUUGUCUAUCUCAUUCAGAAGAUUGUAUAUUGUUAUAAAUAAUACUUGGAAGACGCUAGUUUUCUAAUGAAAGUGCCUUUGGAUGAAAACAUCCAAAGAUGUCAAAUCUCCUUGGCAUCUAA